AAUGACGCCUUUUGCAUAAUUUUGCAUUCUUUUCGUCAGCCUUCGGAAAACUUCCGCGUGAAAAUUGUAAAUUUUCGACGAAAAUCGCGUGUUUUGCUGCGAAAAACCGCCUGUCCGCGUUCGAUUCUACUGAUUCCAUUAGUUUGUUGCCGAAUUUCGCUUCGAUUUCCUAGCAUGAAACCCCUGUUGGAAGUGGUUUUACGCUGCCCCAACUUUGAACAAUAACUUUUUUUCCCCUCCAGCAAACGGGGGAGGAAAAACUGGAAGGAAUUUCCACUCAAUCGCUCAAACCAAAGCGAUGGAACACAGCUAUUCGCGCGACUUCCGCCCAAUGGAGAACAGUCAGACGGCCACGACGCGGACGCUGAUGGUGCACCGGCCGCCGCAGUGUCCGUCCUGCCACACGCACGGCACCGGCGGCGCCCACGACGAGCGCAUCGACCUGGAGGACAAGAACGACACGCCGAUCCCGUCGUACAACGAGGAGAGCGCCAAGGUGGCGAUGCUGGAGAGCGAAACCGUCACGCGGGCGGUGCGCAACCUAAACUCCGAGGAGGCCGACUGGGAGGAGAAGAUUAACAAGAUUGGUUGGACGGUGCAGCAGAUUCGGCUGUUUAGCAAGAUCACCAAGUUGCUGGACAUGGACCGGUUGGCGCGGUUGACGAUCGCCGACAAGCAGCACGAGCCGGUGCACCGGCGCAUGGUGAUUGACAAAUCGGUUGGGAGGAUGCGGCAGGCGUUGGCCAGCGUUUCGUGGGAUCCGCGGUUGACGCAGUGGAUUCACGGGCUGUUGAUGGAGAGUUUGCCGCCGAGCUAUUUGGCCGCGUACAUCGAUAUUCUGCAGACGUUGAAGGCGAAGUUGCCGAAUCUGGUGGACAAGAUGAUAUUUGGACGGCCGUUGAACAUCAACCAAGAUUUGUUGGGUCCGGUGUUGAAGAAGCCGUGGGAGCCGGUGGUGGCGCACAAGAACAGGAAGCUUCCUGGGCAACCGUACAUCGUUGUGGUUCCUUCUGGGCCGAAUCUGGCCUCGCCGAGCAGUCGACUGCAGAAGUGGUACUCGCUGUUUGCCACGAUGGCUUCGGUGGUGCCGAUUACGAUGCCUCCGGGGGGAAACAUCAACAAACAGUCGGUGCAGACUGUGUCGGAGCAGAUGGUGGCGGUGACGCGGGCCAAGAUUCAGGACGUGAGGCAGGAGGCGCCGAAUAGGCCGAUCAUUUUGGUUGGGUUCAACGCUGGAGCGGCACUGGCGAUUCAGAUUGGGCUGGUUGAGGCCGUCAGCAGCAUCGUUUGUCUUGGAUUCGCGUACAACACGGUCAACGGAACUCGGGGCGCUCCGGACGACCACAUUACGGGCGUAACGGCGCCGGUUCUGUUCGUGAUUGGUCAAAUGUCCGCCCGAACCAGUCAGGAAGAGAUUGAAUUGCUGCGCGAGCGAAUGAUCGCCCAGACGUCGUUGGUCGUCGUAGGUUCCGCCGACGAUUGUCUGCGAGUUUGUAAAACCAAGCGCAAGAUCGAGGGCGUCACCCAGUCGAUGGUGGACAACAUGGUGAUGGACGAAGUGGCCGAAUUCACCACCAACUGGCUGUUGAACCCGCCCAGGCCCAAACCGGCCAUCAAAGACCCGAACGGACAGCCAAAGUCCAACCUGCUGCUGUCGAACAACAGCAGCAACCUGGCCGCGACCGGCGGCCCGGCGGUCAUUCCCUCGGCCCCACCGCCGAUUGCCGCGAACCGAAAGCGCCGCAUGAGCCAGUCUGCCGGCACCGUAGACGGAGAACCGCCCAAAGCGGCUCGAACCACCAACAAACAGCCCGCCAAGCGAGGUCCAAAAGUCUCGAAGCAACCCCGCGCGGAAAAGCUGCUUCUCCAGCAAAGCCAGAAGGCGCUGGACGCGGCCAUCAUGAGCAUUCUGCCGGACGCGGACAAGGCUCCAGAAGUAAAGAAGACGGCAUCCCCCGUCACCAACUUCCAGAUCUCCGGCAGCAGCUCCGGAACCAGCGGCUUGGAGAUUCGCUCCUCCUCCGGUCCCCAGAUCGUGUCCGGCCUCGCCAGUUCACCCAUCGUUCUACCAAUGAUCAAGCGCGAAUCGACGCCCCAACCCGCCCUACUCUCCCCGACCCUGACGACGCCCUCCAACAUCAAGGUCAUCCCCGCGAACCAGUUCAUCCAGCUGAAACCGUCCGGAUCGACGCAAAAGUUCAUCACGCUCAAAUCUUCCUCCAAACCGGUCGUGUCCAUCGUCCCCAAGAGCGGCAGCACCGCAUCCCCAGGAACGACCCUGCAAUCGUUCAGCCCGACCAAGUACACGAUCGUCCGGAACACGGGCGCCAUCACCAACGCGGCCUCUACACCAACCACGGGUGUACCUCUCAAAACUAAAACCUCCCCGCCCACCCCGGACCUCUCCAACACCAACAUCUUCGACAUCCCGAUCGUGUUCGCCGACAACGAAGGCAACAUCCAGGACGGUUCCCCCCAAAAGACCACCCCCGCAACCCUCCCCUCCCACACCAACAUCGUCACCAUCGCGUCCUCCACCCGCACCGAUUCCGGCGGCAACCGGCUCAUCACCCUGCAGCCCUCCAUCAAACCCAACAAGGUCGUCGUCAUCAACAAGAACAACAUCAAACAGGUCCCCAGCGGCACCAUCCAGCUCGCGAACCGGCCCGCCACCGUCACCCCCACCGGCGUCAAGUACGCCAAGGUGGUCCUCUCGAACCCGCUCAAAACCACCAACCCCCCCUCCGUCGGCAAAAUCCUCCCCAGCGGCAAGGUCGAAAUCAUCAACAGUGCCGUCGUCAAACCGGCCACCAGCAAGUACCAACCCAUCAUCAUCAACGUCGAUCCCAGCAAAACCACCACCAUGAAGAACUUUGUGCGCGUCGGAGACACGCAGAUCCGCGCGACCGCGACCGCAAACGCGGUCACUCAGCAGCAGCUGGCGCCCGGCCUGCCCGGCACCAACACCAUCCUGAUCAAGACGAACUCGCUGGCGCAGCUGGCCAGCCAACCGGCGGGGACGAUGCGCAAGCCGGCCAUACUGAAUCGGAACUUGACGGUGAGGAAGGUGAACUUGGUGCCGACUCAGCAGCCAACGACGACGACGUCGAUUACGCCGCAAAGUCAGAGUCAGCAGCAGCCCAAGGCGCCGUAGAGGGUGGAAGACUCGGCGAAGAGCGCCCCUCUCCGAGUAAUUGUGCAGAUAUGUAUGUUUUUAUUACAUGAUUUCGUUUUUAAACAGAGGAAUAAAUACGCAGCGUUAGGUGGUAAGUACAAACAAGA